UCCUGACUUUAGCUUGAAGAAUUCCCACUUCCAUCUAAGAAUUUUUCUCAUUAAUCUUCUGAAGUGAAGUCAGAAAUAUUAUAUUUCAGCUUUUCUCCUGGGUGGCAGUGGGAGACGUGCGGGAAGAAUGGCUGCAGAGAGAGAGAGAGAGAGAAAAGAGACGGGAAAUGUUUUAUUGAAACCGCACAGACUUGUUCACUGUGUUAGUGUAGAGACUUUACUGCCCUAUUUCCAGACAGCUCCGUCUACCUGCGCUCUCGGUCCCUCCUUCCACCUCCUCUUUCUCCUCCUCUCUGCCUCCUCCUCCUCCUCCUCCUCCUCUCCCUUCCUCUGAGUUUAUGCUGCACUCGUUGCAGUAGGAGGGUUAUGGGAGAGAAUGACGUCGCCUUGACUGCAAGUCACGUCGACUCCUUCAUUUGUUUUCAUUACUCCUAUUAGAAUUAUUUUUUUAAAUGCACUGGCUCAGAUUCGUCACUCUGCACCGUCGCGGACAUAAUGUGAGUGUGAUCCGCCGCUGUCGCCUGAGCCGCGUCUGUGCCGUUGUCCUGUCAGAGCAGCAGCAGCAGCAGCAGCAGCUCUGUGGAGGAUUACUCGGGCUAAUACGCAGCAGACUUAUCCACUUGUGUUUCUCUAUGAAACUGCAAACUGUGCGUUAGAGACUCACUCGGAUACACGCGGCACUGUUCGACCGCGGACAUUCACGGACUUUUGCAGUGCGCGUCUUUCCUUUCUUUUCUCCUUUUCUUGGUGUCCUCUGGAAUAUCGCUGCCCAGCAACACACCCACCUGACAACUCUGAAUGUCGUAAUUAGGACUUAUUUAUCAGAUGAAUCAAUGAAACAACAAUGGAGACCAAAAGAUACCAAAGUUUGUUUGAUGGGAGCGAUGCAGAUAACAGGUGGCCUCAGAUCCCCACCAUGGAAUACUGUGGCGAUGCAGAAGAUUCCAGUUUGACUGGCAGUGAUAUCUUGAUGGACAUAGUCAACGUCAGCUGCCCUUCUGGAAGUCCAGCCAACAACUGCAAAGACAACGACACAAAGAAGGAGGAUCAGCCAAUGUUUCGGCACAGCCAGAACCAGCCAUUUGUUCCACCACACUUCAACAACUCUCUCCACGGUCAAAAGCAGGAAAUGGACUCCAAGGCGCUUUCAAAGACUGUGGCUGAGUCUAUGGGCCUCUACAUGGACGCCAUUAGGGAGGCAGAAUAUGCCUUUAACCAGCAGGGGGGUAACAACAGCCCUGGAAAGAUGUAUCCAGCGUGUGCACGGCCCCUAGAAGAUCCCCACUGUGGGACCACAAAGAGCCCCAACAUGAAGCCUUUUGGUUUCGAUCAGUCCAGUGGCAGUCCAGGAGUUUGCACACCUGGGAAUCCAGCUGCUUCAGCCUUGGUGCUGGCCUCACCACUUUCAAGUAGCCCCCAAACCUUUAGCUCAAUCUCCAGCCCUGGGGGAAGCAACAACAUGGUGUCAUCAACCACCAGUCCCCCGGCAUGUUUUGGACUGGUGGGUUCAUCCGUCAAUAGUCCUGUCAGUCAGACUUCAUGCGCUGCAUCUCUGGCCAACAUCAAACACAGGAAUUCAGCCGCAUGUAGUCCUGUCGAGUCCACUACUGUGGGCUCACCGCCCAUUGCAAGUCCACUCAAUGUCAUGAGGUCCCCCAUGUCCAGCCCCCAGAGCAUGAGUAGUGUUCGAUCUCCUCUGUCAUGCAGCAAUUCGUGUAACAUGAGGUCUUCUGUUUCCAGCCCAGCAGGUGGCAGCUGCACCAGUACUACCAACGACUGCAACACGGUCACACCCUCCGUCCCAAGUCCUGCCACUGGAAGUACUUUGGCUGUUAGCAGCCCACAGAACCCAUCUCCUGGUGGGUUUGCAAUGCCGAGUCCUGCUGGUGGACUUGGUUUGGUGCAGAACGACACCAACAGCCCAGAAGCAACAACUCCAGUCACAGGCACAGAAUUUAAGAACUUUCAGUUCCCUAAAGUAGAUAUGGUGGAUGGGAAAAUGUUCAACAUCGGCUUAGACCAGAUGGGCAUGGUUAAGUACAUUAAGAACGAGCCCGGGACUGACAUCAGGAGCAUGUGUUUAGGUAGCUCCAAAUGUAAUGCCAAUGGUGCACCCUUUAUCACACAGAUUAAAAAUGAGCCAAACACAAAUGAAGGAUGUAUGAACCAACAGGCCUACAAUGACCACUCGCAGUCUCUCGGCCUCUUUCCUGUGUCCGACACCACCUAUUUAUCCCUGAGGAAUAAUAUUGAUAAAUACAGCCUUUCUGGUAUCUUAGGACCCCCUGUCUCCAUGGACGGGGACUAUGACCCAGAUAUGUUCUCCAACAAUGUCUUGUCAAAAGAAGUGAAACAGGAGACUACUGACAGCAGCUAUUACCAAGAGAAUCCCAGCAUGCCCACAUCAGCCAUUGUAGGAGUAAAUUCUGGAGGACACUCAUUCCAUUACCAGAUUGGAGCCAAAGGAACAAUGUCUUUCACACGGCAUGGUGUGAGAGACCUGCCCAACCCUUUGCUAAAUCCAGUCUCGCCUGUAACAGCAUUAAUGGAGUCCUGGAAAAAUCGAUCAGCCAUACUAGGCAGAGGUGAAGGAUACCUAGGUCAAAACAUGCCAAGCACACCACUCAGACAAACGUCCCCGACCGUCAAAGUUUGCCUGGUUUGUGGAGACGAGGCGUCAGGAUGUCACUACGGGGUGGUGACAUGUGGAAGCUGCAAAGUCUUCUUCAAAAGAGCUGUUGAAGGUCAGCACAACUACCUUUGUGCCGGGCGCAACGACUGCAUCAUCGACAAGAUUCGAAGGAAGAACUGUCCGGCGUGUCGAGUAAGGAAGUGUUUCAUGGCCGGGAUGAACCUCGGAGCGCGAAAAACCAAAAGGAUAGGAACAUCGAAGGACAUCUCUCGGGGCACCAAGAUUGAACCUCCAACAGGCCUGUCCUCAGGGAAGGAGCAGGAUGGCACGCCCCCCAGUGCCCUGGUGUCCCACAGACCCGGGUUGGUCACACAGAUCCUAUCGCCCUCAUUCGGAACCGUGUUGGAGCUGAUCGAGCCUGAAGAAGUGUACUCUGGCUAUGACAACACGCAGCCGGACACCACGGACCACCUGCUGUCCAGUCUCAACAGCCUGGCCGGAAAGCAGAUGGUGCGCAUGGUGAAAUGGGCCAAAGUACUUCCAGGUUUCCAGAGCCUGCCCAUUGAGGACCAAAUCACCCUGAUCCAGUACUCCUGGAUGUGUCUGUCCUCCUUUUGCCUCAGCUGGCGCUCUUACAAACACACCAACGGACAGAUGCUCUACUUUGCCCCUGACCUUAUCUUUAACGAGGACCGCAUGCAGCAGUCAGCCAUGUAUGACCUGUGCGUGGGCAUGAGGCAGGUCAGCCAGGAGUUUGUACGUCUGCAGCUGAGCUACGAGGAGUUCCUCUCCAUGAAGGUCCUUCUGCUUCUCAGCACAGUUCCAAAAGAGGGCCUGAAGAACCAGGCGGCCUUCGAGGAGAUGAGGGUGAAUUACAUCAAAGAGCUCCGGCGUUCAGUGGGAAAAGCAACCAACAACUCUGGCCAAACCUGGCAGCGCUUCUUCCAACUCACCAAGCUGCUGGACGCCAUGCAUGAUCUGGUCGGGAACCUGUUGGACUUCUGUUUCUACACCUUCCGCGAGUCCCAGGCGCUGAAGGUGGAGUUCCCGGAAAUGUUGGUGGAAAUCAUCAGUGACCAGAUACCAAAGGUGGAGUCGGGCCUCACUCACACAAUCUACUUCCACAAGAAGUGACUGGUUUAAGACUAAGGUCGGACGCAACAUGAAGGAUGGAUUUCAAGGAACAGAUAAUGUGCAAGAAAAAGCCUGACCCGUCGGCCUGCACGCUGUCACCCGCUUUGUCCUUGACUGGGACUGGAAAAUAAAAAGACUUGGUGACCCAAGAGAAAAAAAAAACAGAGGAAGAAGGAUUGGGCCGUGCAGUCAUACGCAGGUCAGAGCUGUGAAUAGCCUUGGAGCAGCGUGACUCGCUGACAAGCACUUGUGACAAAUGUGACAAAGAAGUACCACCCGUCCCCCGCAGCCCCAAAGACAAUUACAGUAUUUUAUAUGGAGAUGAAGCCAUACAUUUCUUAGGAUGCUCUAGAUAUAAUCACUACAUGCACCCAGCCACCCCCCCACACACACAUACACUCACAAACACAAAGACACGCUGAGGGAUCAUGACUUCACCCUAAACGCACAGAUGCACUCCACAUGCACUAAAAUCAGACUCCCGUACAAAUCUACAAAAAAAAAACAAAAAACAAAACAAAAAAAAAAGGAUUUUAAAUAUUACCUUACCGUGGCUUAUGCAGUCUUUCACAAACAAUAGCACUAUUAAAAACAAUAACAAUAAUAAUAAUAACAAUAAUAAUAAAUGCCGAUACUUAGAUCUUGCUUUGCAGUGUAGCACCGAGCUGCAAGAGGGGAAAAAAAGACGAAGGACACAACGAGGAGGCACAGAAACGACAGACCGCGAGGCCAAAAACCUCUCUCUGAAUCUCUACCAAGGGCUAUACAAGCGUCAUCAUAGGCUUAAUAAUUACAUCCAAUCUAACAAGUCCAUGUUUGGAACUCAAUCAGUGUUAUUAUAAGAGCCAUCCUUCUCAUUCACAUAGUGAGUUUUUAAAGACAAUUUGUAGGAAACACAAUCAAAAAAAAAUAUGCAAACACCCAAAGCUCUCUCUCUCUCUGUUUUUCAAGACAGGAAAAGAAAGAAAGAAGAAAAAAAAAAGUAUCUUUGUAAAAGACAAACCUGCACGCGAAGCUCCCAUGUCAUCAAAAUCACUAUUUAAGACAUUCUGUCGUAGGGAAUAAAAAUAAAAAGGAUAAUACUUAAUGAAAGUUUUACCUCAGGAUGGAAAAACAUCACCUGUUAAAAGCAGAGUCGGCCGUAAUGGACUGGACUGAGGUGCGUCCGUAGUAAUUGCUGUCAUUUGUGUUAUUUCCAGAGCAGCUGUCCAAAUGUCUGUUUUUACUCACAGCGAAGCCGAACCAGCCCUCUGUCAGUCUAUACUUAUCUACUCUUCCCACAAACAAUAAAAGGCAUUUUGUAAAAGUGCGUCGCGGAGGUUUAGUUUGUAACAAGCCAGUCAUUUUACAUUAAGGUGCUUCAUUUCUACAGAACGCCAGGCUGUUGAACCCCAUAACAUGUACAGUUACCUUGUAGAUCAGUCAGUAUACAGUGACACUAUAUGAACAUACAGACGUCGAUAUAAUCCAAACACCAAGAGUUAGUCAACCACGCUUACAGCAAACGGCUCCUAUUAUCAGACAAACGUGUACAGGUAUGAACUCCUUCGACUCCUCUCUCUCUCUCUCUCUCGCUCUCUCUCUCUCUCUCUCUCUCCGACUGUUGUACAGAUGUUUUUGAAGUAACAUGUCCAUGAAUGGUUGAUGAAGAACUGUUGGUAGAGUCACUUCUCGUCAUUUAACUCCUGUGUUUCCCUGUGAGCCUGCUACUGCUACUUCAGUCAGGCCCAGUCACCUGGACCAGCCACCUGUCUUGCGCCCCCUCCUGGUUUGUGUGUGCUUGUGGAACUUGACUUUGAUGCUACUGAAUAGUGAUGGAGAUGCUGGGCGAGGAAAACAGUGUGUGCGUACGCCUGUGUGUAUUUUUCUUUCCGAGUGUGCGUGAGUGUGUGUGUGUAUUUACAUGCGAGUGCGGACGUGUGCGAGCACGGCUUCUGUUUGUUCUCUCUCUCUUUUUUUUUUUUAAGUCAAGCACACGCAUUGUUAUUCUGCUCUUACAGCUUGGGUAUUAUGCCUUUAUUUUAUAGGAUUAGCCCGAUCCUAUUUCCACAUUUAGAUUUGCACAGAGGAGAUACAAUGUGAAAUGAGGCAUUAAUGCAGCUAAGCAGGAAUUGUCCGUUUUGAUGAGUAACUGUGAUGUUUCUGAAAGAAGAAGAAGAAGAAAAAAAAAGACUUUUUGUGUCGUAGACCAGCCUAAAAGUUAAAAAAAAAAAAAAAGAAAAAAAAAAAAAAAGAAAAAAAAAAAAAAAAAGACAAACAAACAAAAAAAACCUGAACUUUGUUGGCACAGCAGGGUGUAUUACAGUAUUUGUAUUUGUGGUCUCAGCACUUGAAGAUGGCUUCAAGAGAAACUGUCAGCUCUCUUCUGUGGAAGUAACUGUGUGAAGAUUAAAGUACAAAAAAAAAAAA